AUGGCAUCCAACCAAUCUCCAACUCAAUUGCUCGAUCCGUUCAACCAGAACGUCACCUUCCGAUACCCGGAUGGCAGUGCUUUCGAUGUGCCACUCGAAGCCCUGGAUUCCUUUGUGACCUACAACGUGCACGCAUGCAUCAAUUACGGCUGCCAGUUCGGAGCUUCGCUUACCUUGCUGGUGAUUCUUGUGCUGCUGACCCAUUCCGACAAGCGCCGUUCAGCCGUUUUCAUCCUGAACGCCGUAGCAUUGUUCCUCAACAGCGUGCGUCUGCUGUUCCAAGUCAUUCAUUUCUCUACGGAAUUCGAAAAGGUAUAUCCAUUUGUCUCCGGCGACUUCUCAACCGUGCCGUGGAGCGCAUACGCCAUUUCAAUCGUGGCAGUCAUCUUCACUACGCUCGUCGUCGUCUGCAUUGAAGCCUCGCUUGUUAUUCAAGUCCAUGUGGUUUGUUCUACACUACGUCGUCGAUACCGACGUCCUAUCCUGGGACUAUCCAUCCUGGUCGCUCUGGUGCCGAUCGGAUUUCGUUGUGCAUGGAUGGUGCUGAACUGCGAGGCCAUUAUGUCAUUGAGCUUUGUGGGUGAUCUAUGGUGGGUAGAAAGCGCUACCAACAUCUGCCUUACCAUUAGCAUCUGCUUCUUCUGUGUGACCUUCGUCACCAAGCUCGGAUUCGCCAUCCAACAGCGCCACCGACUUGGCGUGCGCAAUUUCGGUCCAAUGAAGGUCAUCUUCGUCAUGGGCUGCCAGACGAUGAUUGUCCCAGCCAUCAUGUCCAUCAUCCAAUACUAUGUCGUUGUGCCCGAGCUGCCUUCCAACGUGAUAACCCUGGUCGUCAUCUCGCUACCACUGUCAUCAAUCUGGGCUGGCGCUGCCAUCGAGAACUCGCGCCGGUCCGGAAGCCAGAGUGACUACCGACGCAACCUGUGGAAGGCCCUUGCUGGCGGUGCGGAGAGUACGCUGAUUUCCACCAAGGAUAGCCCAACGAGUCUCUCGAGCAUAACUGCUGCCCAGACUUUGUGCUAUCCGGAUCACACUACGAGUAAAGGCUCACCGACCACGCGGGACACGGAUGCUUUCUAUGGUAUCUCAGUUGAGCACGAUAUUUGCAUCGAUCGGGUUCAAAAGAAGAAUUCAAUAGUAUGA